AAAAUUAUAGUUGGGAGUGUGAUUGAUUAGUUUUCUUUUUAAGUCGAAUUUUCUCGUUCGCAUGGUGAUUUGAUUGAUUACGCUAAAACCAGGAGAAAAGAAAAGGGAACAGAGCGAUCUGCUUUUUUGAUAUCUACACUUGAUUUUCAUAUAGUAUUUACAAGUGAGAAAUGGCGCAGAUAUCUUUGCACGGAACUCUACAUGUAACGAUCUAUGAGGUGGAUAAGCUUCACAGCGGAGGUGGUCCCCACUUCUUUCGUAAGCUUGUUGAAAAUAUUGAGGAGACAGUUGGUUUUGGCAAAGGAGUUAGUAAACUCUAUGCAACUAUUGACCUAGAAAAGGCUAGAGUUGGGAGGACUAGAAUACUGGAAAAUGAACAAUCCAACCCCAGGUGGUAUGAGUCCUUUCACGUUUAUUGUGCUCAUCAGGCUUCAAAUGUAAUAUUCACAGUCAAGGAUGAUAAUCCUAUUGGGGCCACCUUAAUUGGAAGAGCAUAUGUACCAGUUGAAGAGCUCCUAGAUGGAGAAGAGAUAGAUAGGUGGGUUGAGAUAUUGGAUGAAGACAAGAACCCCGUCCAUAGUGGUUCUAAGAUCCAUGUGAAACUGCAGUACUUUGAGGUUACCAAGGACCGUAACUGGGGACAGGGUAUCAGAAGUUCAAAAUAUCCUGGAGUACCUUAUACAUACUUCUCGCAGAGACAAGGAUGUAAGGUUUCUCUCUACCAAGAUGCUCAUAUUCCAGACAAAUUUGUUCCUCAAAUUCCUCUUGCUGGAGGCAAUUACUAUGAGCCUCACAGGUGCUGGGAAGAUGUUUUUGAUGCAAUUACCAAUGCAAAACACUUGAUCUACAUCACUGGCUGGUCUGUUUAUACUGAAAUCUCCUUAAUAAGGGACUCGAGGAGGCCAAAGCCAGGAGGAGAUAUCACCCUAGGUGAGCUGCUUAAGAAGAAGGCAAGUGAAGGUGUUAGGGUCCUUAUGCUGGUGUGGGAUGACAGAACCUCCGUUGGUUUAUUGAAAAAGGAUGGACUCAUGGCAACUCAUGAUGAGGAGACUGAACAUUUCUUCCAGAAUACUGAUGUGCAUUGUGUGCUGUGUCCUCGAAAUCCUGAUGAUGGUGGAAGCUUUGUUCAGGAUCUACAAAUCUCUACUAUGUUCACUCAUCACCAGAAGAUUGUGGUGGUGGACAGUGCAAUGCCUAAUGGAGAUUCGCAGAGGAGGAGAAUUGUCAGUUUUGUUGGGGGUCUCGACCUCUGUGAUGGGAGAUAUGAUUCCCCUUUCCAUUCCCUUUUCAGGACACUGGAUUCGGCACACCAUGAUGAUUUUCAUCAGCCCAACUUUGCUGGUGCUUCAAUUGAAAAAGGUGGUCCAAGAGAACCUUGGCAUGACAUCCACUCCAGACUUGAAGGACCAAUUGCUUGGGAUGUUUUGUUUAAUUUUGAGCAGAGAUGGAGAAAGCAAGGUGGUAAAGACCUGCUCAUUCAGCUGAGAGAACUAGAAGAUGUUAUCAUUCCCCCAUCUCCUGUUAUGUAUCCUGAUGACUUUGAGGCAUGGAAUGUCCAGUUGUUUAGAUCCAUUGAUGGUGGAGCUGCAUUUGGUUUCCCUGAGACACCUGAAGAUGCUGCCAGAGCUGGGCUUGUCAGUGGAAAGGAUAACAUCAUUGACCGAAGUAUUCAGGAUGCUUAUAUCCAUGCCAUUCGAAGGGCAAAGAAUUUUAUUUAUAUUGAAAAUCAGUAUUUCCUUGGAAGUUCUUUUGGUUGGAGUCCUGAUGGUAUUAAGCCUGAGGAUAUUAAUGCACUGCAUCUAAUACCCAAGGAACUUUCACUCAAGAUACUUAGCAAGAUUGCGGCAGGGGAGAGGUUCACUGUUUACAUUGUUGUUCCAAUGUGGCCAGAGGGUAUACCAGAGAGUGCAUCAGUUCAGGCUAUAUUAGAUUGGCAGAAGAGGACAAUGGAAAUGAUGUAUAAAGAUAUUGUGCAGGCUCUCAAAGCCAAUGGAAUUAUUGAGGAUCCUCGGAACUAUCUGACAUUCUUCUGCCUUGGUAACCGCGAAGUGAAGAAGAGUGGUGAAUAUGAACCUGCAGAAAAACCAGAGCCUGAUACAGACUAUAUAAGAGCUCAGGAGGCCAGACGUUUCAUGAUUUAUGUUCAUACAAAGAUGAUGAUUGUCGAUGAUGAGUACAUUAUAAUUGGAUCUGCCAACAUCAACCAGAGAUCAAUGGAUGGUGCUAGAGACUCCGAAAUAGCCAUGGGAGCCUAUCAACCACAUCACUUGUCAACCAGGCAGCCAGCACGAGGUCAGAUCCAUGGUUUCCGGAUGUCAUUAUGGUACGAACACCUUGGCAUGCUCGACGAGUCAUUCCUUAAUCCAGAAAGUGAGGAGUGUGUCAGAAAGGUGAACCAGAUGGCAGAAAAAUAUUGGGAUCUCUAUUCAAGCGAGACACUGGAACAUGACCUACCUGGUCAUUUGCUCCGGUAUCCUAUUGGGGUCGCUAGUGAAGGAGAUGUCACAGAGCUCCCUGGAACCGAGUUUUUCCCUGACACGAAGGCUCGUGUUCUAGGUGCUAAAUCCGAUUACCUUCCUCCCAUCCUGACAACUUAAUGGAACUCUAAGCAGUUCUCGAAGAAUUACCUGCCUUGCCAGCCCGUUUAUGUUACUAGUUGUAGCCAGAAAAUAAAUCAUGUAUCGCCAUUCUAUCCAUAAUGUUUUUGUGCCAGGAUUGGGGUAUCAGGAUUGACAGAUGUGUCACUGCUGUGGUGUGGUGUGAUGCUGUCUAUGUUGAACUUUGUUUAUCUAAUCCAUGUCUUUUUCUACAUUAUCAUA